AUGGAAAAAAGCUUAAAAGUUCUCUGGGUUAUUUCCAUGAUCAUAACUCAACAAUUAACAUUAUUGGCCAAUGCCUCACAUUCUAAAACGAGGAUUGUGCCAGCUUUGUAUGUUUUUGGUGAUUCAACUGUAGACGCUGGAAACAACAACAACCUCAACACACUUGCCAAGGCAAACACAUUUCCCUAUGGCAUUGACUUCAAUAAUUGUUCCACGGGAAGGUUUAGCAAUGGCAAAACCCUUGNUGACCUUAUUGCUAUUAGAUUGGGUUUGCCAAUGCCACCUCCAUACUUAGGUGUGGACAAGUUUAUGAGACAUCAAGUAAUAAGAGGAAUUAACUAUGCAUCAAGCUCUUGUGGAAUAUUGAAUUCAACUAGAGUAGGGGAUUGUUUGUCUUUAGACAAACAAAUUGAAUACUUCACCUCAACUGUGGCCAACGAUCUUCCAAGAAACAUACAUAGCAAAACAAAACUAAGGCAUUACUUAGCCAAUUCCUUAUAUCUCUUAUCAAUUGGAUCUAAUGAUUACAUGUUGAAUUAUUUCAAGUAUCCAAAUGGAACCAAGAACAAUCUAAAUCCAGAAAAGUAUGCAGAUUACCUACUUGAACAACUGGUUUCACGUAUCAAGAAAAUUUAUGAUCUUGGAGCUCGAAAGUUUGUGGUAAGUAGAAUUGGUCAAAUUGGUUGCACACCAGUAUCUGUUGUAAGGACACCAUAUUCCCAAAAAUGCAAUGAAGAUAUAAAUCAGAAGGUUAAACACUACUCAAACAAACUCCCUGGGAAGCUACAAGAUUUGCAAACUCAACUCUCACAUUCACAUUUUAUUAAUUUGGAUAAUUACAAUUUCACCCAGAAAAUAAGAAAUUCUCCUGAAAGCUAUGGGUUUAGAUAUAUUUUUGACUCUUGUGUCCAAGGAAGGAAACCUUGUGCAAACCGGAAUGAAUAUUAUUUUUUUGACUUUGCUCACCCUACUGAAGCUACAAAUAAAAUAUAUGCAAAUGAGUGCUUUAGUGGAACCCAAUUGUGCCUUCCUUACAAUAUUAUGAAAUUAAUUCAUGCAAAUUAA